AUGCUCAGCGGACCACCGAGGAUCAUACCACUCGUCUCCAUCUUCCUCGCCAUCUGCCUCGUCUGGUGGUAUCUCCACAACGUCCCAGGCGCUGGCUCGUCGAUACCAACAUGGACGUCCGGAACAUCCGCAAAGGGCGACCGCCCCUCGUUGCGCGGUGACCCACUCGACUUUGGCCUGCCCUUGCGCUUCUCCGAUGGCGAGAAGAAGCCGCCGGGCAGCAAUUACACUUUCAAGAUCGUUGUGCCCAAGACACAGAAGGAGGACAUCAGCUGGAUGGCUGCUGAGAUUCCCGAUGCGCCUCUGGUUGUUUACGAAGUGGACAACCCCAAUGCUGAGCACAAGAUCCCUAAGAACAAAGGCCGCGAGGCCAUGGUCUACCUCUCCUACAUCAUCGACCACUACGAUGACCUCCCCGACACCUCCAUCUUCAUGCACGCCCACCGCCACGCCUGGCACAACAACAUGCUCCUCGGCCUCGACGCCGGGCAGAUGAUAAAGCGCCUCAACCACGAGCGCGUAGCACGCAUGGGCUACAUGAACGUGCGCUGCCACCACGACCCCGGCUGCCCCGACUGGAUCCACAUGGACCGACCCGGCGGCGACUUUGACUUCUUCCGCAAGCCUGAGGAAAUCUACUGGCGGCGCAACAUCUGGGAGGAGAUCCACCCAGGCGCGCCCAUCCCGCCCUCCAUCUCGGGAAUCUGCUGCGCGCAAUUCGCCGUGUCACGUCAGCGCAUCCGAGAAGUGCCUAUUGAGCGCUUCAUCCACUACCGCAAGUGGCUCCUCACAACCGGCAUGGACGACCAGUUCUCCGGCCGCAUCUUCGAGUACAUAUGGCACUACAUCUUCACCGGCCACGAAGUGCAUUGCCCAGCCCAAAACACGUGUUAUUGCGACGGCUACGGCAUUUGUUUCGGCGGCCAGGAAAAAUAUGCAGAGUACUUCAAGAAGCAGGAUGCCCGUAACGACAAGUUCCAGGAACUAGACAAGUUCAACAAGAGGGAGGAAGAGGCUAAGAAGGAUGGCAAAGAUCCUGCCUUCACCGAAGAAGAGAUUGCCCAAAUCACUUCGCUUAGGGCCGAGGUCUCGACUCAGGACCGCGAGUUGGAUGUGUUGAGGGAGGAGGCGAAGAAGAGGGGUGAGGAUCCCAAGGCUAGGAAGGAGGAGACGGAAUCUUGGGAUUCCAGUCAUAUCUGGGAUUAUGCGCCAAAACAUGAUUAG